AUGUCUUCUCCAGCGAAACCAAUCCUCUUCCCGGGCAUUUCCGCCACGGAGACCAAGCUUUUGGUCCUGGCGAAUGUCUGUCUGAAGAAUGAUAAGACGAGAAAGAUCGACUAUGACAAGCUUGCUGCGAAUGCUGGCAUCAAGGCCUCGUCUGCUCAUACGCUCUUUCGCACUGCGAAACGCAAGCUAGACAAGCUGUGCGCCGAUGACCACACCAAUGCGGAUGAUGCCAGUGCCACCAUGUCGCCCGAGGGUAGUUCUUCCAAGCGCCGAAAGGCAAAUGCAAAGACCCCUCGCACCAUCAAGUCUCCCAAGACCUCCAUGUCUCCGAAGACCCCCAAGUCUGCCAAGGCUACCAAGAGUGACAAGGCCGCUAUCAAUUCCGAGGAAACCGACGACCAGGAUGUCUCCAUCAAGCUCGAGUUUAGUCCCCUCACUGCUGAUUUCGAAUUCGCUGCCGCCCUCGCUGAGGAUACUACCCAGGAGGCCGCUGUUGCCGCUGCUCAGUCUGGCACUGAAACCGCCGCCCUCGCCGAGGAUACUACAUGCAAGGCCAAGGCCGCUGUUGCCGCUGCUCAGCCUGGCACUGAAACCGCCGCCCUCACUAAGGAUACUACCCUCAAGGCCCCCGUUGCUGCCGCUGAGCCUGUCGGUGAACCCGCUGCUGCUGAAUCUCUCACUGAACUCUCCACUACAGCUGAUGCAAUCAAGCCUGAUACUGAGAAAGAGCAAGCAAAUGUCAAGGCUGAUGAGAACAGCGACGCUGUGCUUGACCUAGCUGUGGACCAACAACUCCCCGAGUCCCCACUGCACAACGAAGAGGACGAUGCCUACAAGCAGGAAAAUGCCCAAAAAAACGACCAGCCCGAGAAUUAA